GCGUUCCAAGAAAGGACGAGCACGCCAAGACUCAGCCUCGCGAAGUCCGCGAGAGGGCAAGAAGAAGGACAAAGAAGGCUCCAAAGGCGAUGAGCCAGAGCGCAGCACCAAGUUCAAAGUGAAGCUCUACAAGAUGGGUGAGUUCUGCUGCAACAUCGUAGCCAACUUUGUCAAAGGCAAAGAGAGUCCGGAGUCUUUGACAAACAAGCUGCAGAUUGACCAGCGCACGAAGAUCGACCACUGUCGAGCGCACAUGGAACGAGCUGGGGCUCUCUCGACAGUCUGGCAUUUCUCCGCUGCUGACAGGCGUGACUGUGCAGCGUAUGAUGCUCUUUGCGAUUAUUUUGUGGAGAAGCAACGUGUAGGACUGGUACAGACUCCAAGUUACUACAUUUAUAUUGUUCCUCCUACGGAGAAGUAUUUGAAAGAGUUGAGCCUUCCGGCCUCUAAUUUCGUUGUGGGGCUGCAAAUCCCAAUCAAAAAGUAG